UGGUGUCACGUGACCAACGCGGAAGUGUCGUGUGACUUUCAGACCGAUCGUAGCGGAUUCAUUUCCAGGAGAAACGGUGAAACUGCAGAUUUUUUAAAACUGAAGACACCUGAGGGAAUGAGACCGGAAGGACCGUCGCAGAGGUCCUGGUAGCUGGGACCAUGCCAGUCUUGGCCAUGGCUGCGGUGGAUCAUCAGCGGCGCUUCCAGGCAGCAGUGGAUGUGAUCCAUAACCUGCCUAAAACCGGCUCCUACAGGCCUUCUUAUGAGGUGAUGCUGCGUUUCUACAGUCUGUACAAGCAGGCUGUGUGUGGACCGUGCACGGCGCCCCGGCCCGGGUUCUGGGACCCAGUGGGCCGCUACAAGUGGGAUGCGUGGAGUCGCCUCGGGGAGAUGAGUCAGGAGACCGCCAUGGCAGCAUAUGUGGAGGAGAUGAAGAAAGUAGCACAAGAGGUCAUCAACACCAUGCCCAUGGACCAAACGGCGGCGGGGGCCUUCCGACACUUCGAGCCUCUCUACAGGGUCAUUGAUGACAUGCCCCGGCCUCCGGCGUCGCUGUUUGACCUCGCUGAAGGCUCUAAAGGCAGUCAGCAGGGUGACACGGAGGGAGGAGAGGAGCCGGAGCGUUUGGAAGGAGGUGGUCCAGACCCGCAGCUGAGGGCUCCUGGUGAGGCCCGCCCCCCACAAGAUUCUGGGGCGUCUGAAGGUCUGGCUGUGACCAGCGACUCGGAGAGUGAAAUCUUCUGCGACUCUGUGGACUCAGUGGAGCAGCUGAGCAGCUUCAAGGCUGUCAAGUCCAACGGCUUCCACAGCAGCAGCGUUUACCUGCACUCGUCUCCGGGUCCCGGGACUCGGACUGAAGGCCGUCUGGAGGGAAGACGGGUCGGAGCCGGUCAGGGUGGGGAAGGAGCAGAGGAUGGGAGGAGCCACGGUCCUCCCAGGAGAGGGCGGGACGGCGGGCGGGACGCUUCCUCCCACGGCUGGAGAGAACGUGGGAUUCCACAGGGGAACCCGAGGCGGGGCGCCCCAGGCGCUGCCGGCGGCGGUGUGGGGGGGUUCGGAGGCGGGGACGGCUCAGAGGGUGGAGCUGAGAGGAUUUACGAGACGCACCUGCAGCAACAGAUCAUUCUGGCCCUACGGAGGCUCAGAGAGGACAUGAGGAGCGUGAUGGACAGGCUGGAGGCGGUGGAGAGGCUCGCUGCCACUCAUGGCUCAGAAUGGAGGCCCUGCCUGCGGUGUUCAGAUGCUGAGGAGGAGGCGUGGUGGCCUUUCGACGUGUCGUGUCAGACGGUUCUUCUCUUCAUGCUGUGGCCGUUCGUCGCACAGGGUCUGGUCUACCUGCUGAGGAAGGCCCACCAGAGGAGCCGCACGUUGUCAUGACAAAGCCCCCCCUCCCCCAGAUGGACAUAGGAAGAAGUUUUUGCUCCCCAAACUUCCCAGCAUCUGAUUGAAGCUCCUUUCUUCAGACGAAGAACUUCCUGUGAUUUAUCGUUUUAAUAAAGUGAAAUAAAAUCUCUGAGGGUUAAAUAAACGC